AUGAAGUCCCUUCUUACCCUCGCUCUGGCCAUCCCCGCCAUCAUGGCCACUCCUGCACCAGUCCCUGGCGCGACUGCGAGUAGAGAGGUGCAAGCCUGCGCCUGCAUCAACGCCGAUGGUAAAACCAAGGUUAACGGCUACUGCGGGUAUAUUCGCGGCCGCGCCGAAAGAGUCGACGGUGGGGAGCUUUGCUACCCUAGCGACAAGUAUUCAGACUAUACGCCGGAGUAUUUCACUGCCGACUUCUGCAAGGGCUACUAUCCGGGCUACAACAACCGCAUGUGCAAGACUAAGACUGUGUGCUCGCUUGUUGCAGACUACUGGGCUCCCUGUUAA